AUGAACUAUCGUCUCUCUCAAUCGCUCCCCUGCGCCAGGGCCGCCCUCUCGCAGACUCUGGCCCCUCGCCCGCCGCCGCUCUUCCGCCUCACACCCCUUACCUCCUCCUCAUCACGAUGCCUCUUCCAACAACAGCGCAACACCUACGCCACGGCCGCCACGGCCGCCGCCGCCGCCCGCGCCGCCGCGCAGCGACGCGCACCGCGGUCCUUCACGCGCGCGCCCACGCCGCCGCCCACCAAGACGGCCGAGGAGCAGCUCGCCGGCGGCUACCUGGUCCAGCGCACGUCGUCGGUCCAGCUGCCCGUGUACCGCAAGCUCAAGUCGGGCAACAUGCGCGAGGUCAUCCUCAUCAAAAAGGUCCACGGCGACCGCCGCAGGCUCCUCGAGGACAUCAAGGCCAGCCUCGCCGUCGCCGCCGACAAGAUCCGCAUCAACCCCACCACCCAGCACAUCGAGCUCCAGGGCAACUACCUGACCCAAACUCAAAAAUGGCUGCUCGAUAAUGGCUUCUGA